AUUUGGAUAUCACUGUAUUUCUUUAUAGACGAAUACGAGAAUCAUUAUUCGCGGUAAGGGAUCCGUCAAAGAGGGAAAAAUCGGUAAGCGGGAUGGGCCUUUGCCAGGCGAAGACGAACCGCUACAUGCAUACAUAACUUCAUCUGACCCCGAUUCGCUGCAUAAAGCUGUGAAUAGGAUCAGCGAAAUUAUUAAGCAAGCGCUUGAAGUUCCUGAGUCCCAGAACGAAUUACGUAAACUACAAUUAAGAGAGCUGGCACUCCUGAAUGGUACUUUGCGCGGUGACGAACUCGCGUUGACUGGUUUGCGUUGUUCCAAUUGUGGUGCUUCAACCCACAAAUCUUGGGAGUGUCCUGACCGACCGAACGUUACUGCAAAUGUUUAUUGUACGGCAUGCGGAGCAGCUGGCCAUAUCGCCAAGGACUGUAAGAAUCCCACUCCAAGCACUCUUGGUGGAACGGCUCUUGACGAAGAGUAUUCGGCAUUGAUGGCGGAACUGGGACAGAACCCAUCUGAGAAGAUCGUGACUACAGAAGCCGUUAAACCUAUUGUACGAAUAAAUCUUGCCAAGCCAAGACCUAUGUUCCCGCCACUUGGGCCAGUAACACAAUCCACAUGGAUACCUCCUAUGAUUCCUGGAAUUCCUGGUCCAUGGGGUCCAUGGAUGCCUACGUCACUUCCCAUACCACCUAUUACCGGCGGUUCUGCUCCCACCGAAACAGAUUAUACUGCUUUGGCAGCUGCGUAUGCCGCAUCAAAUGCAGGUAUAAAUCUGCAGGCUGGCAAUAACACAAACGAAAAUCGAGGUAAGUUAUCAACUUCAUGAGC